AUGUCAGAGAUGGCAGAUAGCAGUAUAUAAAAGACAGAACGGUGAAAGCGAUUCUGCUUUGGAAGCAAAGGAAAGGAGCGGAGAUGGAGCCCCGAAUUGUCCUUCUUCUCCUCUCUUCUGCCCAGUUUGCCUUCACGGGCACCCUGCGCCACCAGAUCGUGGGUGGGCACGAAGCCCGGCCCCAUUCGCGGCCCUAUGCGGUGGCGCUGAAGGUCUAUGGUAACUUCGCCUGCGGAGGGUUCCUCAUCGCGCCCCAAUGGGUCAUGACGGCGGCCCAUUGUAAUGGUGACAUCCAGGUCAUCCUCGGGGCCCACGAUCUGAACGCCAUCGAAGAGACUGCCCAAGUCUUGGCUGUGGAAAGCUACCACAUGCACCCCGGUUUCAACUUUAUGAGAGGCCUUCCGUACGAUGACAUCCUUCUGCUCAAGCUGGAGCGCGAGGCCAAGCUCAACCGCUUCGUCCAGCCCAUCCUUCUGCCGAAGACCGACAGCGACCUGCCCAAGAACACGCGGUGCUUCGUGGCCGGAUGGGGGCGCAUCGACGAGAGGGGACCAGUCACCUCCAAGCUCUUUGAGACCAACGUCACCAUCCCUGGGCGCAGGCAGUGCCUCCUCUUCCGCCCCGAAAUUACCGACCAGAUGCUGUGCGCCGGCAGCCGUUCUUCGAUCUGCGAUGUCAGCAAUGGCGAUUCCGGGAGUGCCAUGGUGUGCAACGGAGCGGCACAUGGCAUCGUCUCCUACGGCUUCCAGGUCCCCCCUUCCAUUUACACCCGGGUCGCUGCCUACCUUCCGUGGAUCAAGGAGAUCAUGGGCUGAAGGGUCGGCGAGGCCCGGAGAUCCCGGUGGCACGUUUGCUCGUGAAAUAAACCAAUCCUAGCAUCCAAA